AUGUCAAUACAACAUGAGCAAUGGAUGGCUCAACGUAAACGUACUUACAAGAGUAAUGAAGAGAAAUUGAAACGAUUUAAGGUGUUCAAAGAUAAUGUAGAGUUCAUAGAGAAGUUCAACAAAGCUGGUAAGAACAAAUACGAGCUCGGAGUCAAUGAAUUUGCAGACUUAACUAACGAAGAAUUCCUUGCAAAGUAUACUGGAUUGUCAAUACCGUCCUCUAAGAGAUCAUCAUCCACCUCGUUCAUGUACAAAAAUGUGAAUGCAGUACCACCUAAUCUUGAUUGGAGAGACAGAAGAGCCGUUACCCCAGUCGAGAAGCAAGGAGGAUGUGGAAGUUGCUGGGCUUUUUCAGCAGUGGCUGCUCUGGAAGGAAUUAAUAAAAUCAAAACUGGAAAUUUAGUUUCAUUAUCUAAGCAACAAAUACUAGACUGCAUAAAUACUACAGAUAACUGCCAAGGUGGCUGGAUGGAGAACGCCUUCGAUUUCGUUUCCCGGAAUCAGGGCCUCGAGUCGGACGCAGACUAUCCAUACCAGGCUACAAACGGAACGUGCAGAGCCAAUAAACCAUCUUCCCUUGGUGCAAGGAUAACAGGCCACCAAUUUGUACCUUCAAAUAAUGAAACAGCAUUGUUAAUGGCCGUGGCAAACCAGCCUGUAUCGGUUGGACUUGACCCAAGUGGGUUUCAGUUCUACAAGGGUGGGAUUUACACAGGCAAGUGUGGAACCAAGCUAACGCAUGCUGUUACCGCAGUUGGAUAUGGUACAAGUGAAGAUGGGACUAAGUAUUGGAUAUUCAAGAAUUCUUGGGGUCCAAAGUUUGGAGAAAAAGGGUAUAUACGAUUGCAAAGGGAUAUUGCUGCCAGAGAAGGCAUGUGUGGCAUUGCUAAGCAUGCAACAUAUCCCACUGCAGCUUGA